CCAGCGGCCCGCUAUGGCGGCGCCCGUCAGCAGGCUGACGCUGUCCGAGUCUCUGGCCCUGGGGCCCGAGUGGCGACACGCGUGUCACGCGAUGCUCUACGCGCCGGAGCCGGGGAAGCUGUUCGGCCGCAUCCCGUUGCGUUAUGCCGUGCUGAUGCAGAUGCGCUUCGACGGGCGCCUGGGCUUCCCCGGCGGCUUCGUGGACGUGCACAAGGGCAGCCUGGAGGACGGGCUGAACCGCGAGCUGGCCGAGGAGCUCGGGGACGCGGCGUCCGGCUUCCGCGUGGAGCGCAGCGACUACCGCAGCUCGCACGCUGCCGCGUCGGCGCCCAGGGUCGUGGCGCACUUCUACGCCAAGCUGCUGGCGCGGGAGCAGCUGCUGGCGGUGGAGCGGGCGGCCCCGCACGCCAGGGACCACGGCUUGGAGUUCUGUCCAACAAUAACAGUAGUAACAAGGGCAACAAAAAAUGGAGAAAGGGCCUCCAGGAGCACUGGGUUCGUGGUGCGGGGAGCCCCCGCGAUAACCCUGGAGGAAAUAAAGCCACACAGUGCUGGGCUUGGUGCGGGUGCCCCUGUACACCCUGCGGGAUGGAGUGGGAGGCCUGCCUGCCUUCCUAGAUAAUGUAUUUAUUGGAACUGCGAGAGACCAGCUGCUGGAGGCCCUUCAGGACUUGAAGAUAGUGGACUCGAACUAUAUCUCAGGCAUUAAGUUACCGGCUCGCCGCUAGACCCACGGAGCCCGAGAUGAGGACUUUGGUACCUGGGAGAGAGGGUGGGGAAAGAAGGGAAUGUUCUCUCUCCUGGGAGAGAGAUGACGACAGAGUAAAAGGAGAAGUAUGUGCCGCGAGAUCUGAGCUGAGGGCCCCUCCCAUCCCAUCGGUGGCCCUGGCAAACUCGGGGCUGGCCUCCCUGUCCCCCAGACAUGCAGCUGUACAAGCUGACUCCUCCCACUGCCCAUGUCUAGUUUAGCCAGGAAAUGGCAUGCAUGGAACCUGACCUGUCACCAUAUCCAUCUCCUUGCGAAGCAAGGCUUUCUGAGCCAAGGAAGCAUCUCCCCACACCCUGCAUGCUGUUGAGUCCAGUUCAUGCUUUUUGGUGAAGGAUAGAGAAGGAAAGAAACUCAUUUCAACCCCAUUACAAAAAGUAGUUUUUUUUUUUUUUUCUGUAAGUUUUUUUUAUUAUUAUUUUCCCUUUUGUUGCCCCUUUUUUAUUGUUAUUAUAGUUAUUAUUAUUGUUGUUGUUAUUGAUUUUGUUGUUGCAUAGGACAGAGAGAAAUGGAGAGAGGAGGGGAAGACAGAGAGGGGGAGAGAAAGACAGACACCUGCAGACCUGCCUCACUGCCUGUGAAGCGACUCCCCUGCAGGUGGGGGAGCCGGGGCUCGAACCGGGAUCCUUACGCCGGUCCUUACGCUUUGUUCCACAUGUGCUUAACCCCUGCACUGCCACCCGACUCCCCCCCUGAAAGUAGUCUUAUCCUUGGCUGGGGGCUGGCCAAAACAGCAGAGCCCCCAAAGGUGAUGGCAAAGGACCUAACCACACCCCUGACUUCUUGAAACAGAGCCAAAAGUAUGAAAAGUAGUUUGAUCUCCCUUGACUGACACUGGACUUGACACUUCUGGAUCCUGGUGCUUGUCCUCUUGGGAUUCCUCUGCUAUCCCCUUAGCCUCUGGGGAUAACAGAGGACGCCACCACAGCUCUUGUCUAGCCCUGUGCUGACAGGUAAGCCUCCAAGAAAAGAAGCGCUUAUAGCGGGUCUGAAGUCCCUUCCAUUCUUUAAAAUAGCAAAUAAUCUGUAUAAAAUAGUUACCGGUAAAAGCCCGAGGCCUUGCCCUCCAGCGGGUCAGAAAGUGUCAGAGUAAAUACUGUAGACUUUGUGGGCCUCAUGGUCUUUGGAGCAGAGACUCAUUUCAGAGUGGCCUUGAUUACUAAAUGUAUAUGGAUGUGACGGUGCUCCAAUAAAGCUUUAUUUAAAAGAGAAGCUGGCCAGUCUGUGGACCCUACUUUGCCGACUCCAGCUCUUGAAAAUAUGAUGAAAAUUUUUAUUUGUGAUGCUUAUUGUUUUAUUUAUGUGAAGGAAAUAAAGGAAUGGUAUCGAUUCUA